AUGUACCCCCUAGUCUAUGCAGCACAAGUAGUAAACCCUGACGUGCCAAAAAAUGCUGCAGGGCAAUGCCUACCAGGGUCUCUCUCACCAGAGAAAACAAAGGGAAAGAUUGUGAUGUGCUUGAGAGGACAAGGAACAAGAAUUGGAAAAGGAGAAGAGGUGAAAAGGGCUGGAGGUUCUGGCUUUAUCUUAGGAAACAACCCGGCAAAUGGAGCCGAGAUACAGGAUGAUACUCAUGUUCUUCCUGCAACUGAUGUAAAUUCAGACAAUGCAAUCAAAAUCCUUGAAUACAUCAAUUCUGCCAAGAAUCCGAUGGGUUAUAUCACCCCGGCAAGAACAAAAAUACAUUACAAGCCAACUCCAUUCAUGGCUUCCUUCUCCAGUCGUGGUCCAAGCACUAUUUCACCUGGCAUCCUCAAGCCCGAUAUCACGGCGCCAGGGCUGAAUAUAUUGGCAGCAUGGAGUGAGGCAUCAUCCCCUACAAAGAAGGCAAGUGAUCACAGAGUAGUGCAGUAUAACCUUGACUCAGGGACUUCUAUGUCAUGCCCUCAUGUGGCUGCUGCAGCUGCACUUAUCAAGUCUAUACAUCCCCACUGGAGCAGUGCUGCUAUAAGAUCUGCUCUUAUGACCUCAGCUACAAUGACCAACAACAAGGGUAGGCUAAUAACCGAUGCAUUGGGGAAUCCGGCAGAUCCCUUCCAAUUCGGCUCGGGUCAUUUCCGGCCAACAAUGGCAGCUGAUCCUGGACUAGUCUACGACGCCUCGUAUACUGACUACCUUCUCUUCCUUUGUGGUAGCAGACUCGAUACCAUGGACCCUUCCUUUAAAUGUCCUAAAAAUCCACCUUCACCUAACAAUCUCAACUAUCCAUCCCUUUCCAUUCCCAAGCUCAAUGGCAUUGUGACGGUGGAGAGAACGGUCACAAAUGUCGGUGGGCCUAAGAGCGUGUACUUUGCUAGCGUUAAACCGCCAUUGGGAUUCUCUGUCAAGGUCUCUCCACCUAUACUAGUCUUUAACAAAGUUGGAGAGAAGAAGAAAUUCACCAUUACUGUGGAAGCAACUAGUGAAUCGGCUAGCACGAUGGGCAAAGACGAAUAUGCAUUCGGAUGGUACACUUGGACCGAUGGAAUCCAUCAUGUCCGAAGUCCCAUGGCAGUAUCGUUGGCGUAG